GCCGCGGCGCUGCGGCUGCUCGCCGCGCUGCUCGCCGCCGGCGGCGCGGCGCUGCCUGCAGAGCUGCGGGCCCACGCUGACUCAGUCGCAUACCACGUGUCGCGCUCGGCGGCGGCCGCGGCGGCGCGUGUGUCCCGGGACCCCGGGGUGUCUGGCGGCGGCGCGGCCGCGCCGCUGGGCGUCAAAGCGCUGCAGCUGGCCGCUUACGACGCGCUUCUCGCGUCGCUGCUCGCGCCCCUGCCCAGCCGGCACCCCUACCUAGCGCAGGCCCUCGGCCUGCUUGCGGCCGGCGCGGCGGACGCGUGCCCCGCGCUGCGCGCGCAGUGCCGCGGCGCCGCCACGCAGCUCGAGACGCUUCUGCGGCCGCGCGCGGCGCCGCUGGCGGGGGUGCGGGGGUACGCGGGUGCCGAGGCGCUGCCGCCGUUGAUUCGGCCGAGGAUGUGGUCCGCGGUGGAUGCCGAGGUUGCGGCGGCGGCGCCGCCUGCGGCGGUGACACCCGGCGAUGUUGCAGACGGGCCAGUCCACGCAAGGACAGCAGCGGCCGAACAGCAGCAGCAGCAGCAGCAGCAGCAGCUUCAAGACAAUGGGGAGCGUGCAUACUCAAAGCACAAGCAGAAGCAAGUGCACAAGCACCUCAAUGGUGUGCAGGCGUCUGCGCCUGCAGCAGGGUCUUCGAGGCGGCCAGCCGAUGCCACCUCCAACGGGGGCGUCAGGCGCGUUUCUGCCCCCAAACCAGCGGAGGAAGUUGAGGAGGAGGAGGAGCAGCAGCAGCCUGAGCAGCAGCAGCAGCAGCAGCAGCAGCAGCAGCAGCAGCAGCAGCAGCAGCACGAGGACGAAGACGACGAUGCGGAGCACCAGCGGCAGCAGCAGCAGCAGCAGCAGCAGCAGCAGCCGCAGCAGCCUGGGGCAUUCAACUCGCAGCCCGCAGUGGCCACCCCCUUGGCAACGCCUGCCGCAGACGCAGCCCCUGCCGCAUUUUUGGUGGAGGAGAGCUCGGACUCAGAGGGGUCGCUGCCUGGCAUAGAUUCAGGGGGCGGCAGCGAUGAUGAUGAUGUGUAG